CGGCAAUGAUCAGUUCGAAUCUGACCGGCAAUCGAACCAGUCGCAAUCCUCGGGUGCUAACGAUAGUUUUAAUAGAGAUCCAAAUUUCACUGCUUACGGUUAACAUCGUGGUUUAAAUCUCAAAUUAUACAACAGAAAAAAGUCCGAAAGGAUUUAGAUUAUCGUAAACAUGUUGUGAUGGAAUCAAUCUGAACGGUGCUCGUGUUAUCAUAGCUCAAUUGAAUUUUCUGUAUAUGUGUGUGAUUAAGUUCAAUAAUUAUCACUCAAUGAUACGAAAAAGGAUGUAGUGAGUCAUUUGAGCGUGAAUGGAAAGCCGCCCCCUUUAAAGGUGUUUGAUUAGGAUUUGAUGCAUUUGGAAUUAGUUGGUGGUCUUCCGAUUUUCUAAAUGCAAAUGAGCAUGUUGUUGAUUGUAACGUGUAUGUGUUUGAAUCAUCAAGGGGAGAAAAUGUGUGGAAACUGGUUCCAGUGACCAAAUUUACCCAACGGAGACUGAGGCCUACAAUAAAAUUACGCAAAAGGAUACACUCGAAUGAAAGUAUGCGAGUUUCGGAUGGAACCACUAUUCAUUAUGCAAACAACAAUACCCUAAACACUAGCGAUGUACAGUUCGUCCUGGAGCAAGACGAUCUGUACGACGUUCCCGUGUGUUUAAUUAUCCUACUAUCCCUGUUCUACGGAACCAUCAGUAUUUUAGCUGUGAUAGGCAACUCGCUAGUAAUAUGGAUCGUGAUUACAACGAAACAGAUGCAAACUACUACAAACAUGUUCAUAGCUAAUCUGGCUCUAGCUGACGUCACCAUCGGAAUGUUUGCCAUUCCUUUUCAAUUCCAGGCGGCACUUUUGCAACGGUGGAACCUACCGGACUUCAUGUGCCCUUUCUGUCCAUUCGUACAAUUGCUCAGUGUAAAUGUAUCCGUGUUCACGCUGACCGCAAUCGCCGUUGAUCGGCACCGAGCCAUAAUCAAUCCCUUAAGAGCUCGUACAUCGAAAAACACUUCCAAGUUUAUAGUCUUCACCAUCUGGAUACUGUCAUUCGCGCUAUCCGCACCGACACUGUUUGCCCUGCGAGUUAUUCCGGUAUCACUGCUCACCUUAGGUGACUCCAAUGAUACCUACGUCAACAUGACCAAACCGUUCUGCCAGGUGGUAAACUUUGAAGAAUCCGAAACACUCCUUUAUCGCUACAUUCUUACCCUGGUGCAAUAUUUUGUUCCGCUAUUCGUCAUUAGUUUCGUCUACAUCCAGAUGGCCCUCCGGUUGUGGGGCUCGAAAACUCCCGGUAAUGCACAAGAUUCACGGGAUGUGACCUUGUUGAAAAAUAAGAAGAAGGUCAUCAAAAUGUUGAUUAUCGUCGUUGCACUCUUUGGCAUUUGCUGGUUUCCGCUACAAUUGUAUAACAUCCUGCACGUCACGUGGCCCGACGUGAAUAAAUACAGGUAUAUCAAUAUAAUUUGGUUCAUGUGUGACUGGCUGGCGAUGAGCAACAGCUGCUACAAUCCGUUCAUCUAUGGGAUCUAUAACGAAAAGUUCAAACGCGAGUUCCGAAAGCGAUACCUAUUCAAGGGAUGCGGCCAAACUUCACACCAGGAACAGUCGAUAGAUAAGACUCUAUCGUUGUUUACGCGUGUCAGUUCGGUGAGAUCCAGUUACGCUACGUCGUCAAUCUGCAAUAAAACCAACACGAGACCGUUCACGAUAAUGGCUAGUGGUUUCAGUGGUGGAAGUAGUGCUAUUCAGCAGACACAUUGUCAGGAUCCGUUCCAGCAGCAAACCCAGUCAGUGCAACAGCUCAAAAUAGCCAAACUCGGUAGUGUAUGUGGUACUCGAAACAGCAAUUGUAGUGAAUAUCAGAACUCGAACAGGUCUCAGCGGGAAUCGAAGAUUUGUCCACGUCAACCGGUUAUCAACGAGUCAUCGUAUUCCGAACUGCUCGCCGAAGAAUGUUCGCGAGAGUUUAGUUCCAUUGAUAACUGUGGUGAACAAAUAAUACCAGAAAAGAAUUAUCUCCAUCCGAACAAGUCAGACGAAAACCUGGAUGUGGAAAGAAAACUCCUGCCUGUGUUUCAGGAUCCAGAAUCAUGUAUUUAAUGUGAUCGGUCAACUUCGUACUAACACAAUUUACCGUACUAUUAAUGUUUAAAAUACAUGUCAUUUCGUGUUUGAAUGUUUGGGAAAAGAUGAAUCUAUCGUUGAAGUUUUAUUCAAUUGUCAUCUCUAUGAAUACCGAAGAUUGCAUAUCGAAUACAUAUAAAUGUUCUGAUGGAAAUCAGACUAAA